AUGGCAUCUACAUCUUCACAGCACAACACCUAUGGACCCGGCCAUGCCAUCCCUCAGGUGCAGCAUCAUGAAUGGCGAACCGCCGAGAACAGCGCCGCCCAUCUCAUCCCCCAUCUCAAAUCCACCGUGACACAGAAUCCGCACCUCAAAAUGCUAGACGUUGGCGCUGGGUCAGGAACCAUCACAGCCUCGCUGGCCCAGUACAUGCCCAGCGGUCAAAUAGUAGCCACAGACAUCUCUGAUGACAUCCUAGACCGGGCAAAGUUCCACGCGGAUCAAAGGGGCAUCAAAAACAUCACCUACCAAAGGGCAAGUGUGUACGAGCUGCCCUUUUCAGAUGCCAGCUUUGACAUCACACACGCCCAUCAGGUCCUGACACAUUUGGACGCACCAGUGGAUGCGAUUCGCGAGAUGUUGCGGGUGACGAAGCCCGGUGGCAUUGUGUCGCUUCGAGAGGCUGACAUGCGCAUGUGGUGCAUCUGGCCAGAGAUCCCUGCCCUGAAGAAGUUUCAUGAGCUCAUGGCGCAGAGCCAGGUCGCCAAUGGGGGGAACAACAUGGCCGGAAGGGAGCUGCUUUCUUGGGCGUUGAAAGCUGGGGCGAGGCGAGAUGAUGUCGAGAUUGGUUUUGGAACUUGGUGUUACGGCACAGAGCGGGAUAGAGGGCCUUGGAGUGCUUCCAUGAUGGAGCGUUUGCGCAACGGACCGAUGAGAAGCAAGGCACUGGAACUAGGUAUGGCCACAGAAAAGGGGAUUGAGGAAAUGAUUGAGGCUUGGAGAACAUGGACGGUUACCGAGGAUGCAGUCCUGGGUAUCAUGAAUGGUGAGGCUAUUAUCCACAAGGCCUGA